GGUUAGGCUAAGACUACUGCUAUAAAAGCAAACAAAUCUUUCAGAGUUAGUUUAAAAGCGAUCUAGAUACCGUAGAGUAAACAUUACUUGAACUACAGCAGCGAAAUGACUUCAACAGUGCAACAAUUUCCAACAUAUACCAUGGACGGUGGAGUCUAUAAAAGUAUUGCAACAACUUACUACGAUGUUGCAAGUCAGGUGUCUUACCACACGAACAAUAACAAACAUACUAUAACUGCUAUGCAGCACCAAUCAUUGGAUAGCGAUCCUUACAAUCAAGUCAGCUCUUCAGAAGAACAGCCUUCAUCAUCCGCAACAGAGGGCAAGCAGAAACGUUCUCGCACCGCAUUCUCCAGAUCGCAAAUAUUGGAGUUGGAAUGUGAGUUCCAGAAGAACGUUUAUCUCUACCGUACACGCCGCAUAGAAAUCGCCAAACGUUUGCAGCUACGUGAACGCCAAGUAAAGAUAUGGUUCCAAAAUCGUCGGAUGAAGCAGAAGAAAGACUCGAAACGUUCAACUUUCCAUGAAAAACUCACCGUAAAAGAUUCACAGACUCUCAGCGAUCAAAUAGCCCAUAAAGGUAUAGUACAGCGACUCAUGUCAUACUCCAUUGAUCCCGCUGUGAGAAGACAACAAAACUUCAGAAGUGGACCUAGUAAUGUAAGCACCUUCAACUUAGCGAAAUCUACAACUGUGGCAAAGCCAGCACCACAAAAAGCAUACACCGAAAGUGUUACUGCUAUACCGCCUUCGAUACCAUCUCCUGAUCUUGGAGAAAUUCUACAACAGCUGAAUCAAAGUGUGGACGUGACACAGUCAACGUCCGCUGAAGAAGUCGUCACAAAACCAACGUUAACGACGAACGUUCAGGACCAAACUCGUGUUGACAUUUGUACAAGCGAAAGCAAGGGAGCAUCUUCGGAACCGAUGAGGGGCGAAAAUAUAUCAAAUAUAUCUGUUGCGUGGUCUUCAACAGCACAAUCCAUAUCUUCACCCAAACCUUCUAUGAAUCUAUCAUGGUGCGAACCAUUAAACUGGCUACUGGGAGAUAGUAAUGGAUAUUAAUUAUAUUUAAAAUUUAAAUACCAAAUAGCUUGAAUUAUUUAUUUUAAUUUUUUCUAUUAAUA